ACAUGAAUUGCAAAGUAAGUUUCGUUUCGUGUUUAAUCGAUCGUUUGGAAUAUUGCAAUAAGAAACUCGUAAAAGGAAAUUUCUAUUUUGGAAGGGAUUUAUGAAUGUGUGGCUAUUUUGUCCAUAAAAUAACGAAUAUGUGUUAAAACUUUAAUUAAGAAUUUAACGUUGCUAAAUUAACGGCCGGUGUUCGGGACCCUAGAGCCGCAACGGAUUAGUUUGAUGACCACAGAAAUAAACCAAACAGGAAACGCGGAUGCAAAGCCGGUGUGUUAUCUGGUUACAGAAGGAAACCCGCAUGCCUACCCGCUGCUCCGCUGCGACACCGUCACCAUAGUAACGCGGGCGGAGUGGGGCGCCAAUGCGUGCAAGUCGGUCAACUACAUGGGCACGCCUGUCAGCGUCGUCUUCAUCCACCACACGGCGAUGAGUGAGUGUCACACGCAGGAUGCGUGCGCAGAAGAGAUGCGCGUCAUACAGCGCUUUCAUCAGGUGGACAGAGGUUGGGAUGACAUCGGGUACAACUUUUUAAUAGGACAGGACGGUCGGGCCUACGAAGGCCGCGCCUGGGACCGGAUUGGAGCGCACACAAAAGGCUGGAACGACGUAGCGAUUGCCUUCUCCAUUAUGGGCGAUUUCAGUAACAAGCUCCCGAACGCUGCGGCCUUGGACGCCGUUAAAGCCAUGAUCGACCUCGGGAUCAAACUCGGAAAGAUCACCCCGAACUAUAAACUGUACGGCCACAGGGACGCUGGCACCACGGAGUGCCCGGGGCAGACGCUGUAUGAGCUGAUUCGAACCUGGGACCAUUUCGGUCGCGUUGGCGACCAGCCUCCCGUGAAACCCACGCCAAUUCCUUACCGCCCCACGGCGUCCACCGGUGGCAACUAUUGACAACAAAUAUUCCGUAGGAUGUACGAGUAAUUAAAAAGUACAAGUGAUCUGUUUUAUCACAUUUAUAAUGUUUAUUACUAUUACUGUUUAUUACUAGAUCUUCGAUCUAACGUACAUUAAAUAAAUCCGUUGCCGCAACAGGGUUGCGUCGACCUAACGUCGA